AUGAACUCAAAGAAUGACCUCGAAACUGGUUCCUUCAUGUGGAAUUACUACAACUCUGGUAAAACUCACACCUGGUUACUCAGAUUUUAUCAGGUUGACUCUUUUAUCGCUUAUUGUGAGCGUUUCGCACAGCAUAUGUGGGAACAUCUCAACGAGACCAGUUGGGAGAAAGCCAAAGACGAUGAGCAGAAGUUUGUAAAGGCGUCUCAUGAUCAAGAUGUCGAAAUGCUAGUUGUAGAAGAUGAAGCAGAUGAACCCGAAGAAGACGAAGAGGAGGAAUACGAUCAACAAUACCAGGAUGAUGAGGAUGACGAGGAGGCUGAUAAGUUGAUUAGAGGUGGUGUCUCAGAUGAAGAAACCGAUGAACCUCCUCAGAAACACCCGAACUCUCUUCUCUCCAUGGGUUAUACAAAUGAUCGUUCCUUUGUCGUACGCGGUGACUCCAUUGGUGUAUACAAACAAGGUGACGAUUCUGUCGAUUUCGUCGGAAACAUUAAGAAUAUUGCUCGACCAAAUGGCAAGGCAUUUACUCCAUCUCAGAUGAUGCUUCAUGGACAAGACCGCUCAAUGGUUAUGAUGGACGGUUCUAACAAGAACGCACUUUACAAUCUCGACAUUGAAACUGGUAAGGUUGUGGAUGAGUGGCGAAUGAACGACGGUGUAAACGUGAAUAACUUCCUCCCUGACGCUAAAUUCGCUCAAAUGACUCCAAAUCAAACCUUUAUCGGUACAUCCCACAAUGCAGUCUUUCGAGUUGACCCGCGUCUCAAUGGGAAUGAUAAGAUGGUUGACUCUCAAUACAAGCAGUAUGCAAGCAAGAAUGAUUUCUCAGCUGCAACUACGACCAAUUCUGGUAAACUGGCGAUUGCAUCAAAUAAAGGUGACAUUAGAUUGUUUGACCAAAUUGGUAAGAAUGCCAAGACCCAAUUACCUGCACUUGGAGAUCCAAUUAUGGGAAUAGAUGUCACAAGUGAUGGCAGAUGGAUAGUGGCUACAUGCAAGACAUACCUUCUUCUAAUCGAUACACUCAUUGGCAGUGGUAGAUAUCAAGGUGCAUUGGGCUUUGAUAGGUCAUUCCCUGCAGAUGCCAAACCGGUUCCACAUAAAUUACAACUCAAGCCUGAGCACGUAGCGUACAUGGAUGAGGAAAUAUCAUUUACCCCUGCGAAAUUCAACCAAGGAGAGAGUGAAGAGACUAACAUUGUCACAAGCACAGGUCCAUACGUCGUCACAUUCAACUUUAAACGCAUCAAGGCUGGUAGACUGGAUGCAUACAAGAUACAGAGAUACGAUGAUAAGAUUGUUGCCGAUCAGUUCAAGUAUGGCGGUGACCGCAAAAUAAUGGCCGUGCAACCACAUAAAGUUAUGCAGCUUGAUAGGCGCCAGCUGAGCAAACCUAACAGACAAUCAAUCAGCACACCAACUAAAUCACUCAAGUCGAGAUCCUCCAUUGUGGAUUCGAGGUGGUAA